AUUAAUCCAUAGGAACACAGGAAGGGUCCGCCUCCGGUCUACCUUCUCUCGUCACUUGUUUGCCAAAUCUGCUUGCUCUUUCCUCUUCUUCUUUUAUUAAUUUAUUAUUAUCAUCACUAUUGUACGCUUCUUGUGAUAUUGUCGCUUUGCUCAUUCAAUCACUCGUAUUUUCACCUUUUCGUUCCCUUCUUCUUUGUCCAUUUUCAUUCCUUAUACCAGGAACUAUGAUUCGUCUAUUUAAAGUAAAGGAGAAACAAAGAGAACUUGCUGAAAAUGCCAAUGGAGGGGUACCUUUCAAAAAGCAAACUGCUGGAGAAUUGCGUCUUCAUAAGGAUAUUUCGGAGCUGAACCUGCCUAAAUCGUGCACCAUUUCAUUUUCCAAUGGCAAGGAUGACCUUAUGAAUUUCGAGGUUUCAAUUGUACCUGAUGAAGGAUAUUAUUUAGGUGGCACAUUUCUAUUUUCUUUCCAAGUUUCUCCCAUCUAUCCACACGAGGCACCAAAGGUUAAGUGCAAGACCAAGGUUUACCAUCCUAACAUUGAUUUGGAAGGAAAUGUCUGCCUCAACAUCUUGCGGGAAGAUUGGAAACCUGUCCUCAAUAUAAACACUAUUAUAUAUGGAUUAUAUCAUCUUUUCACGGAACCAAAUUAUGAGGAUCCCCUUAAUCAUGAUGCUGCUGCAGUGUUGAGGGACAAUCCAAAAAUUUUUGAAUCUAAUGUAAGAAGAGCUAUGGCUGGAGGGUAUGUUGGGCAAACCUUUUUUCCACGGUGUGUUUAGCUUUUGUUGAUUGGUAUUUGGGGGGUGCGAAGUGUCAAUUUCACUUACCCUAUCCAUGCUUGAAUACCUGUGGUUGUAAGAUUAAUCUGCAAUUUACAUUUUGUCUUUUCAAUUUUUGGAGUGGAUUUGGGAGGCAUUAGUUCCUUGAAGUGCAAGUUAAACGUAGUAUCUGUUGUUAUUUGUAUGUUGACUUGUUAUUUUAUUUGGAACAAGCAUAGUCUAGACUUGUGCAUGGCUUACAGAUUUACUCUUCAGCUUUGCUUUGCA